UCACUCACUCUCACAUCACACACCAGAAGAAGGGGAGCCAGGCAGCGGGAACCCGGGGACCCUGCUCUGACCAUCAGCCUCUGGCCCCCGGAGCUUCCAGGGAUCCCUAGAGCGGCAGAAGCACGGAGGAUGCUGAGUAGCAGAUACGCCAGGACGCCGUGACCAGCUGGAGAGAGCGAUUGGCUAUGGGAUGGAUCAAGCAGAACAGGACCAGUAUGAAGCUCGGCUCAUGGAGCUGUUUGACAGCUUUGACACCACGGGCACAGGGUCCCUGGGACAGGAAGAGCUGACAGACCUGUGUCACAUGCUUCAGCUGGAUGAAGUGGCCCCCUCGCUGCAGCAGGCUCUGCUUCAAGAUAACCCACAUGGACGAGUUCAUUUUGACCAGUUUAAAGAAGCUCUAAUUCUUCUAUUAUCCAGCACGUUAUCAAAUGAAGAAAGUUUCCAGGAACCAGAUUGCUCCCCUGAAGUCCAGCCCAAAUACAUUAAGGAUGGAAAGCGAUAUGGACGGCGCUCUAUGCCUGAGCUGCAGGACUCCCUCGAAGAGUUUGACGAGGUGACGGUGAUAGAACCUGAAUGUGGGGAUAGCCGCUCUUCACCACUCAGUGGCAGAAAUUGUGAAGAGCGUUGGAAAAGUGAAGACCAUGAAGAAUAUGAAGCGGACGGCCAGUUAAGAUUCUGGAAUCCAGAUGAUCUGCAUGCAUCACAAAAUGUGCUGUCCCAACAAGACUGGGUAGAGGAGAAGCUGCAGAUGAUCUGUGAAGAUUUGGCCAUCACCCGGCACAGCCACUUUAACAGGAAGAAACUUAUCACCAUCUUUGAACAAUAUGGCUUCCAGAAUCUGGAAAAAGAGGCUUUGGAGGAUGCAUUUGAGAACCUUGAUCAAGAGGACACAAUGAGUCUCCAAGAUUUCUUCUAUGAAGUAUAUAAAAUUACCAAACCUCUAACGCCGUCCUGCUCAACUCCGUACCGCCAGCUGAAAAGACACAUUUCUAUGCAGUCCUUUGAUGAGAGUGGGAGAAGAACAAUUACCCCAUCAAGCAUGACUGGGGCUAUUGGGUUUCGCUUGUUGUCAAAACUGGAUGAUGGCACAGGGUAUGGCUCGGUGGAUGACAUCAUAGACCUGUGGCACGAGGAAGGAAUUGAAAAUAGCCAAUCUAUCUUGAAGGCUUUAGAUUUUAAUUUGGAAGGAAAUAUUAACCUGACAGAACUUACAAUGACUCUGGAAAAUGAGCUGCUGAUAACGAAGAAUGAGGUGUACCACGCUGCGCUAGUCAGCUUCCGCUCCGAGAUCCGGCACCUUGUGGAACGAGCUGACCAGGCUGCCAGAGAAAAAGAAAAGCUUCGUUCAGAUUUGGAGAAAAAUGAAAGAUUCAAAACUUUGAUGGCUUCAGAAGUAGAUGAUCAUCACGCAGCAAUAGAAAGGCGUAAUGAAUAUAAUCUCAGGAAACUUGAUGAAGAAUAUAAAGAAAAAACAAGCACCCUUAAAAGUGAGCUGAGGAAGGAGAGAGAACAGAUCUUACAGCAGGCCAGUAAGCAGCGGUUAGACCUCGAGCAGGAACUCGAGAAAGUGAAAGCCGAAGAGAAUUAUCUUAGGGACCGUCUCACGUUGUCUUUGAAGGAGAGCAGCCGAUUGGAAAAAGAAUUGUUGGAAACCACAGAAAAAUUGUUAGAAUCAGAGACCCUGGCAAGCAAACUGCAAAGAAGCCUGGACAACCUUCUGAUGGAAAAGGUAUUGGAACUGAGGACUGCCCCCCAUUAAACAUGAGCAUAGAAGCAGAAAUGGCUAUUGAACACAUGCGGGAACAGCAUCAAAGAGAAGUGGAGCGGUUGACAAUGGAGCUGGAAUCCAAUGCAACACGCUAUGAAGAACAUCUCAAAGAAGUAAAACAUUUGUGUGAAAAAGAGCAAGACGUUUCCAAGCAACACUUUAAAGAAGAAAUUGUGAAAAUGGAAGAGCAAGUGCGACUCCUUAAAAUGCAGCAUACACAGCUCGAAGCUGAGAUUAUAACACUAAAGGAAGAGCAGAAGAAAACUCAAUGCGAACACAACGAGGAGCUGGUUAAACUUGAAAACACAUUUAAUAGUCAUAAGGCUUUACUCCAAGAAAAAGAAGCAGCUCUUCAGCUCAAGUUAGAUGAGGCAAAACGGAUUUACCAGGAGGAGAAAGAGGAAUGGACUCAAAAAACAGUGGAAAUGAAAAACGAAACAGAAGACACAGUGGCUCAGCUGAAAAAGAGGUUUGAAGAUGAGAAGUGUAACCUAGAACAUGAUUUUCUGGAACAGCUAGAGGGUUUAAAAGAGAGGCAUCAGUCUCAAAUCAAUGGCCUUAGAACAGAACUGUUAGAAAAACACCAACAUGAACUUCAGGAGGAAAGGAAAAAAAUGGAAGCUGAGUAUAACAGAAGAUUAUCAGAAAUGGAAACUCAGUUACAUAAUAAUUAUGAACUGGAAAUGAAGAAACACGAAGAAGCAUUGGAAACUCUUAAACGAGGCUUCCAAGAUAAACUUAAUGAGCUUACAGAGGUUCAUAAAAGGGAAAGGUCUCAAUGGGAAUGGGAAAAAGAAGAAAUCGUACAAGCAGAAAUUAAAAAUUAUGAAGCAGCAAUGGAAAAUCUUGAGAGAAAUUUCCAGAGUAAGAUUUUUGAUCUCAAAGAGCUCCAUAAAGAGGACAGAUCUCAAUUGGAAUCUGAAAAGGAAGAGAUCAUGCUAUCAGAAAAUCAAAAGCAUAAAGAAUUAUUAGAAAAUAUUGAAAGACAGUUCCAAAAUAAGAUGAAUGAGAUCACUAACCUGCACAGAGAGGAGAAAUCACACUGGGAGUUUGAAAAGAAAGAAAUGAUUCAAGAGUAUAUAGAAGAACAACAUAAACUUCAAGAAAUGUUGGUAAAAGAAAAGUCUGUAGCUUGCUCUACUCUUUUGCAAGAAAAAGAUUUAAUGGAGAAAUCUUACAAGGAUCAGUUAAACAGUUUAAUUGCUGAAAAGGAAAGAGUACAGUCAGAGCUAGAUGCUCUGAGGACUAGUGCAAAAAGAGAGGAAUAUGUGUUGUCAAGUAAAAUCAUUCAGCUGGAAAAUGAUUUUGUAGAAGAGUUAAAAGAGAGAGAUGAACAAUUGUGUGAAGCUGAGAAAAAUGUCCAACUUCUACAGGAAAAUUUGGAAAAACUAUAUAGGGAGCAUAAGUUUGAAAAAGAAGCACUUAAUUCCAAACUUCUGCAGUCAGAAUUGUUGUAUAAAGAGGCGUGUGAUACGUCCGAAAGAAAAAAGGAAGAGAUGUUUGUUGAAAUAUCCAGACUUCAAAGCACAAUCAAUGAACUAGAAAAGAAGAUUAGUUUGUUAUCUAAAUUUCAGAAUGAUUAUAAAGUUCUAGAGAGAGAAAAGUUUGACUUGAAAAAUGUUGUUUCUCAACUUCAAAAUAGCAUAGCUGAUCUAGAACAGGAAGGAGAUGUUCUAAAGAACCUAAAAAAUGUUCAUGAGCAAACCGUCAAAGAAAAUGUUAGAUUGAUUUCUGAGGUUGCUCAUCUACAAAAUAAAUUGGAUUUAUCAGAGAACAGAAAAGAUAAGGCUACAAUGUUGAUUAAACAGAGUCAAAGUGAAGCACAAGGAUUCCAAAACACAGGUUUGCCUACUGAAGAAGGAGACCAGUUCGGAGACAUUGAAGAUACAAACAGUGAACCAUGUAUUGAAGCCAAAGGAGAAGCAACCAAUACUCAGGCUGAAAAAAUGAAAGAUCUUGAGACUAUUUUGAAGGACACUAAAGAUGAAAAUAAUCAUCUCAAGAAUGAAGUUUACCAUCUUCAAGAACAGCUGAACCAACUGGCUACAGACUAUGAUCUUGGGGAAAAAAUUGGUUUAGAGGAAUCUGUGUGUCCAGAGUUAGAGGAAGGCCAGAUCUCUUUUCCGGCUCUUAAAAUGCUUUUUGCUGUUGCCAAAAAAGAGAAUUUGCUACUUCGAGAAAACUUAAAACUCAUGGAACUUAAACAUGAGGAAGCUAUACAGAACAACAGUGAACUUUCCACUGAAGUCUCUUGGUUGCAGACAGAGAUACAGAAUAUGGAAGAAAUGGCACAAGCAUCACUAAAACUUGAAAGUAUGUAUGAAAAUGCUAAGCAAGAAAAGCAUGAGCUCCAGAUACUUGUUUCAAAGCUGCAUGAGAGAAUAAGUGAACUGACAGGAAAGUCUAUUACAAAGACUUUCUGUGUGGAUAAAGAAAUCCAAACUUUGGAACUCCAGUUGGAUCAUGAAAAUAUUGAGAAUCACAGUGCUAAAAAUCAAGAACACUUCUUAAGAGAGAUACACAUCCAAGAUCUGAUUCAAAAAUAUAAAAUAGAGAACGCUCACCUCAGGGCAAACGUGAGGGAACUCGAAUCCACUUGUGAGAGUUUAGCUCAACAAAAAGAGGAACUGCUAGGAGCAUCUCUUGCAAUGCAGAAGCAAGUGAGACUGCUAGGAGAAAGUGCUGCAAAUUCACUGACUGUUCAUCAUGAUACCGUUGUAGAAGAUCUUGUAAAUAAUGGAAAUCUGCAAAUACUAAGUCCGAGACGUGAAAAUAUUCAAGCAGAAAAUUGGCCAGUGGUGGUAUGGGAUGAGCAGAGCAGUGAAAUUCAGAAGCAAGUUGAACUCUUGAGCUUUGAGACUAAGAUACUUAAAGAAGAAAAUGCUGCAUUAAAAACUGAAAUAACAUCUUUAGAAGAAGACAAUGACAUCUGCAACCAGAAAAUAAGGGAGCUGCAAGAAACUUGCGAAGAAAUGUGGGUAAACCUUGAGACUGUUAACAAGGAGAAGAUAGCAGUACAAGCAAUGGUUGAAAGCUUAAGUAAACAGGUGUCAGAAUUAAAGGCCAGGAACCAACAGCUGGACUCAGAAAAUUCAGAACUCUGUCAAAAGAACACAAAGAACCAAGCAGAUGUCCAAGAUCUUAACCAUCGGCUCAUGUCCUUACUUAAACAGAAAGAAAGGAAAGACGCCGUGAAAGGCAGAGACGAGUGGCAAAAGGAAAGAAAACGACUGAAAGAUGAACUUGAAGGUUACAGGUCAAAGAUUGCAGAUUCGGAAAAGGAAUCAUCCAGAAUGAAAGUUCACACCCGUUUCUUGGAACAAGAGAACACACUACUGAAGCAAGAAAUAGAAACUAAACAGCUUUCAAAAAGCUCUGAAGUGACAGACCUCAAAAACGAGAUUUCUGGGUUAAUAAACAAAAAAGAAAAGCUGCUGAGAGAAAAAGAAGCUCUAAGCGAGGAAUUAAAUAGAUGUGUUGAAAAGUGUGCUAAAGUGGGCUACUUAGAGAAUAAGAUUGCAAACAUGAAGCAGGAACAGAAGACGUGGGAACAGCAGUCUCAGAUGCUUAAAUCUCAACUCACAGUUUCACAAGAAAAGAUCCAGGGCCUUGAAGAGAACUUGCAGAGUGUGAAUCUUCAGAUGUCUCGGAUAAAGUCAGACCUGCGUGUUGCACAACAGGAGAAAGAGGCUUUGAGACAGGAAGUGAUGUCUUUGCAUAAACAACUGCAAAAUGCCAAUGCUAAGAUUCAAGUCCUUGAAAUGGCGAAGAAUUCUUCAGGCUUACAAAACCAUCAAAAGAAACUCUACUGGGACGAUCUGGCGCAACUCAUGGAACAAGAGCAGCAGCUUAUAAGGCAGGAGAAUGAAAGGCUUCAGAGAGAGGUCAAGAAUGCAAAGUCUGGCCUGACCCAAUCCAGAGAAAAGAUCCUUCAGCUGGAAUCUACAAUCAUUUCUAUGAAACAACAAAAGCACCAGUGCCAGUCAAGUAUGGUGAAAGCUUUGGAGCAAGAAAAAUCAAGUUUAAAAAGGGAGUGUGAACAGCUUCAAAAAGAGUUGAUCUCUGCUAACAGGAAGGUUAGCCAGAUGGGCUCCCUUGAACGGGAUUUAGAAUCUGGUAAGAUGGAAAAUGAAUGCUUAAGAACAAAGCAAGGGACAUUUGAUGAACAGCUAAAAGAGAUGCUGCACUCGGCCUCCAGUGUGACGCAUAGCCAUACUCCGCUCCAGCAGCAAGCCUGUGUCACUUUGCCGAGGGAGCAGUACCUACAGCUCCAGCAACAGCUCCAGCAGGCAGACAGGAGGAACCAGCAACUCCAGGCAGCGAUAGACACCCAGAGCGCAGAUACCAACUCUCCACAGGCUGAUCAGGAGCUGCUGUUGAGGAAGAUGGAAGAACGCAUGAUGGAUGUUGAGCAAAAAUUAAGGAUUGUGAAGAUGCUGUUGAAGGAAAAAGUGAAUCAGUUAAAAGAACAAUUCACCAGGAAUACCAAAACAGACGCCAUGAUUAAAGACUUAUAUGUGGACAAUUCAAAGCUGCUGAAAGCUUUGGAAAUGAGUGAACAGCGCCACCAAACUGCUGAAAAAAAGAACUAUUUAUUGGAGGAAAAGAUUGCAGGACUCAGUAGAAUAGUGAGAGAUCUUUCUCCUUCUGCCAUAGCCACUGGACUGAGCUGAGAUCCUUGCUGUAAUCAUUCAGUAGUCCUUGCUAAAAUGCUCUGUCUGUGAGUAAAAGAAAUAUCUUACAAAUAACCCAUACACAGUUUAAGCUGCCUGAGGAACUUUUAAUUAAUUAUCACUGCCUUAUUCCAGACUGAAAAUGUGAAAAAUCACUAAACUCAAGGACAAAUUUGUCAUGAAAUUGAUACUUGUCAUAUGUUUGUGCUGCCUUUUUUGAUACAUUUUAAUGAAUUGAAAAAGUAUUUUAUAUUGUACAGAUAAUAUUGUACUCGAGGUUAUUUUUGUUGUGUGCCCAUAACAGUGAAGUUAAUCUCAAUCUCCACUUUGAAGUUCAUUAUCUUGUUCUCAGAGAGGACUCUAAGUGUUGACACCUCAUGGUCAUGUUGCUUUAACUAGCAUAUAUUUUACAUUGAAUCUUUUAUUCUAUAUUCUGCCCAGGUCAAUGAUUGAUUAAAUACUAUAUACAAGUUAUAGAGCCAAUUUUGAUAUAUAAAAAUAUUCUGUAUGAGAUACUGAAUAAGGCAUUUCUAUUUGAUUGGUAUGGAUAUAUUCCAUCCAUUUAUUGGCGAUGAAUACUUCAGUUUGAGUUACAUAACAAUCAUUGACAAGUGGAUAUAAAGAAUAUUCAAAGGUUAUAGGGAAACACCUUGAGAUUUGUAUAUAAAAUGUUUAGUUAUGCAUAAUGACACAACUUUGCAAUAUAUUUUCAUUAUUUAUUUUGCCCCCCUUUCAUUUAAUUUAGCUCUGAAAAUAGAGCAAUUUCUAACUCUCGGACCUUAAAAUGCACCCUGCUGACUUAUCAAGGCUAACUCUGACACAUAUAUGUCCCUUAUUGGAUUUAACUGAUAACCACCGCAAAGAAAGAUAUUUUAUAUUAACUUUACAAAAGUGGUUUGCUUUCUUGUCUACAGACUAAAGCCCAAAUUGGUGCCUCCAAAUAAGGCACAUGGUGAGUGCAGGUUUUUUUUUAUUAAACAACUGCAGAAAAAAUUAUGUUAAUUUGUUAUAAAAAAGUUUAAACUUGGCUGAUAUGUUAUUCUAUAGCAACCCAACAGAAAUGUCUUGUAAUUACAAGAUGUUUACUGACCCUUUUAAUAUAGUAAUCAUGGCCUCAUAUUAGGAAUAAACCCUAGUUAGGUUAGGAUCCUACCUAGGGCCUCAUCACAGUAGGACAUCAUGUGUCAUAUUCUGACUUUUAGCUGCUUCAAAGAAUUUCAGAAUAUCUUUGCUUGAACAUAAGUGAUGUAAUCAAGUUAGACAGUAAUAUCACAAAGAACUGAGUUUAUCACCACUGCCAUAGAGCCAUUGAGGUCUAACCUAAAUUGCCUGAUCGCUCAGUGAACUUGGGGUCCCUAGCACACAGGUCAGUGUCAUCUACCUCCUAUGAAGACCCCUACUAAGCUGCUUAAUCACUCAGGGUCUCAUUGUAAAGGAGGUAAUACAUUUAUGAGUAAUAAUGGGACCUAUUUUAUCACAUUAAAUGAGGAGCUAUUUGUAUCCACAGAAAUAUACUAAACUAUACUAAGAAAUAUUUAUUUAGACUUUUUUGAAGAUCUCAGGGAGGUUUAGCUGCCUUAAAUGGACAGUAAAGAUUAAACUCUCAUGAUUCAGACAGUGAGUAGUUUUAAACAACUUUCCAAUUUACUUUUAUUAUCUAAUUUGUUUUAUUUUCUUGGUAUCUGUUGUUGAAAAGUAUACAUAGGUAAGCAAGCAUACAGAGGUAGGCUAAAGGGAAGAAAUUCCGUUUUUGGAGCUAGCUGCUGAUUGGUGGAUGCAAAUACGUGCCGCUUGUCAGUGACUCACAAAAUUGUUUAAAAAUGCAUGGUCUAUCUUAAUCAUGAAAGAAAAACAGAGUAGGGGGCCUACCUAAGUAUGCUUUUCAACUGAGGAUACCAAAAGAAGGGAGCAAAUUACAUAUUAGACAUCAAUUGGAAAGUUGUUUAAAAUUGUAUGCUCCAUCUGAAUUAUGAGGGGAAAAUACCCUUUUUUAAAUGUAAAAAAAAUGUUGUGGUAGUUGUUCUGUCUCCCUAGACUUCUGCUUAAUUUAUUUUACCCAUUAAAUAUCCACAAAACCCCUUUUAUUCUUAAAAACAUAUUCGGUUGAUGCAAAAUGUAAAAAUGCUGCAAUCUUUCUUAAAAAAACUAUUUUAUAAACCAGCAAUCAUGUGAGAUAAACCAGAUCAUUGCAUCCUGCAGCCUUUUCCCAAAUUGCACUUUAUUCUCUUAAUAAUAUCAACUUUUUUACUGCCAGAUGUCUGUUGUUCUGAAUAUUUUAUAUUAAUUUAACUUCUGUAUUUUUUUUUUUAUAAAUUUUGUUUGUGUGUAAAUCAGAUACUGCACUGCCCCAGGAAAACUGCAGAGAUACUGAAGAAGUUUAAAUGUAAAUUUAUGUGAAAUAUCUGGAGCCUGUUUGUCUAUCAAGUAAUAGAACUAAAAAGUUAUUGCAAUUAGAAAAUGAGUUGGAAAAACACAGUUAUUGAUCAUAUUUGAUGCAUAUGUGUAAAAUGUUACCAAUGUUAAAAAAAUGUGACCACUUUGCAAACAUCAAUGUACAGGUAUAAGAAUUAUGAUUUUUAGUUCAUUUAAAGUAAAGCGGAUAAAGUCAAUUGUGAUUUAGGCACUACCGGAAAAAAAAAUUGGAAAAUAUGUAGAUUUUUUUUUAAAACUGUGGCCCCUCAGAUACUAAAGCAAAUACUAUUAACUUUACAUAUAAUAUAAUGAGAUGCAUCAUUAUUUUUGUAUUAUAUUUAAUUGAAAAUGAGAGAAAAAGUAUUCGAUAACAGUCUCACAUAUGCAGAUGCUCUAUAAUAUAAUCUACCAGAAAAAGCUAAGUGCACAAAUGAACAAGAGGUUUGUGACAACUGCAGUAUGACGAUGCAACUGGUAAUGAGUGGUUACUUUUUUAAGCCGAAUAUUGUCUUUUGUAUUUUUUUUUAUUUUUUUUAGUAUGAAGAAAAAUUAUGUUUUUAUCCAUUCCUGUAGCGUAUUUGUUCUCAUGAGUUGCUGAUACAUUGUGAACAUUCAAAGAUAUUUCCUAAUGCUGUAAUAUUUUUUUUUAGUAAAUACAAUGAGGUGAA